GUAUACAUAACCUAAAUCGUAACUGAAACUUAUCAUCUGUGAUGUGAAACAAUUUUAUUUUUAAUAUGAACGCGAAAAUGAAAAAUGUAAUUUGUCCGGACGGGCUAGUAGCUGUGAAAAGUUUUGCUUGCACUUUAUUGGCGUUCUUACUCGUAGAAUCAAUAUGCAUCUAUUUUGUUUUGAAGUCUGUCCCAAUUGUUAUCGUUUUAACGCUACUAGUCCUUUUGUGUACCACUAUUUUCGUCCUGCGUUGUGUGUACACCCUAAAUGACUUCCAGAUUGCCAUACGAGCCAGCAUUUUGGGUUGCAUCUUUGCCUUGGGUAUUUAUGUAUAUCUCGAAACACCACCACACAUCAGCCCAUUUGGGCUGUAUAUGUGUGUUAUGUCGUUCUUCCACUUUAGUGAAUAUGUUGCUAUUGCUAUUGUUCAACCGAAUGAGCUCUCUACCAAUUCAUUUGUGAUAAAUCACAGUCCCCAAUACAUUAUUGCAGCUGUGUCUUCUUGGAUUGAGUUUUUUGUGGAGGCUUAUACCAUACCAGACAUAAAGGAAUAUCAAUGGAUAUCUGUUAUUGGUCUGGUAAUUUGUAUUUUGGGUGAGGCACUGAGAAAAGUAUCCAUGCUUACAGCUGGCUCCAGCUUUAAUCAUUUGGUUGUGUAUGAGAAAACCAGUGAUCAUCAGCUUGUAACUCAUGGGGUGUAUGGUUGGUUCAGGCAUCCCAGUUAUGUAGGAUGGUUUUAUUGGUCCAUUGGAACACAAAUUAUUUUAAUAAACCCUAUUUGUGUAAUCGGUUAUACAGUUGCCAGUUGGAUGUUCUUUAAUGGACGUAUUUUCUUAGAAGAGAUAACACUGUUAAAUUUUUAUGGACAAAACUACUGUGAUUACCAACAAAAAGUAUGGACUGGUAUUCCAUUUAUUGAUGGAUACCGUAUUAAUUAAAUUUAUAGUAAUGUAUUAUUUAUUUAAUUUAUCAUAUAAGAUGUAUAUACUUACCAGAUUUGCUUUAUUUUUUAUGGAUGUUAGAAGUUUGUUUUCUUUUGUAAAAUAAAAUUAAAAAUC